GUUGGGCUGUUGGCUUCACCAUAUCCAGUCAUACUACCGAUUUUUGGCACAGCUUGUAGCAGGCAAAAACUUUGCCCGAAAGAUAUAACUGACACAGCCGCCAAUAUUAACUCUGAACUCUGAAGCACUCGCUUCCUAUCAUUAAUCAAAUCCCCUACUCUUUAGUAAUUUCUUUGCUUGGACUUCUGGAAUUUCCCUGCAUCUUUUCAUGGCUCUGCAGCUCUGCUCUUCUUCUUCUUCUCUGCUUUCUCUCUGCAGCCUGCAACUGCUCCGCCUUUCUCCCAUUGCAUCCCCUUCAGACCAGUUUCUCAAACCAACAAUAAUGCCCCAAGGUAUCCUCAAGAAGAAGAAGCAGAAGCAUUCCCUACUUUUUUGCCGGUCAAGCAAUGAUGAGAGCAACGAGGAUUAUUACUUGGAUGCUCCUGUUUCAGUAGGAGAUGGCUUUUCUUUUAGUGGAGGAAAAUAUUCAGAUGAGCCAAGUCCAGCUGAUGAAUGGUUCGAGCAAGGAAAGAUUGUAAAAGCACAUCCUGUUGGGGGUACUGGUGACAAGGCCAAGGAUCCCAUCUUUGGUCUUGCAAUGGGAGGUGGUUCACAAACCUCAUCUGAUCUUUUCAGAUGGUUUUGCGUUGACAGCGGAAGUGCUGACAAUCAUCCCAUUGUGUUAAUUCAUGGUUUUCCUUCACAGGCAUAUUCCUACCGCAAAGUCCUUCCAAUACUUUCAAAGAAAUAUCAUGCAAUUGCAUUUGAUUGGCUUGGAUUUGGAUUUUCUGAUAAGCCCCAACCUAGAUAUGGUUUUGACUACACUCUGGAUGAAUAUACGUCAUCCUUGGAAUCUAUUAUAGAUGAAACCACCAAGGGUAAGGCCACACUAGUUGUCCAGGGCUACUUUUCGCCUGUUGUGGUCAAAUAUGCUAGCAGUCGUCAAGAAAAGAUUACUGAUCUCAUACUUCUCAACCCUCCACUCACAGCCAAGCAUGCCAAUCUCCCGUCCACAUUAUCCAUAUUCAGCAACUUUCUGUUGGGGGAAAUUUUUUCUCAGGAUCCUCUAAGAGCCAGUGAUAAGGCCCUGACAAGCUGUGGCCCAUACGUAAUAAAAGAAGACGUCGCAAUGGUUUAUAGGAGACCUUACCUCACGUCUGGUUCUGCAGGAUUUGCACUAAAUGCAAUUAGCAGGGCCAUGAAGAAAGAACUUAAGCCCUACAUUGAAGAGAUGAGAAGGAUACUAAUGGACGAAAACUGGCAAGUUAAAACAACAAUCAUUUGGGGCGAACGAGACCGCUGGCUAAGCUACAACGGAGUCGAGGAAUUCUGCAUAGAAUCGAAGCACCGACUUAUAAGACUUCCAAUGGUAAUUUCAUACAAUGGACUAGCAACAUUACGCCCAAAAUUGCAAUACUGCUUGGCCAAUUAGAGCAGUUCAGAAGAAAGCAGGGCACCAUGUACAGGAGGAUAGCGGAGAAGAGGUGGCGCAACUUAUUGCUCAAGUUGUUGGCCGGUAAAGUCUUAUUUUGCAGGAUUUCUGAAGCUGUGUUGUUUAAUCUUCCGGGAACUCCAUAAGUGAUCUGACUCCUGUAUCUGGAACCAUAAAUGUAGAUAUGUAACUUGAUGAAGAAUUAAUUUGUGAAAAUUAUUAUCCCUGUCUGUCUGCUUCAAA